GGGCCCCCUCCAAGCCUCCCAGAUGCUAGCUAUAUUCUGAAGAAUCAGACAACAGCGGUGUACAGCUGUUUACCGGGCUAUACAUCUAACAACUCAAACAACGCAAUCUACUGUAAGGACUCUGUAUGGAGCAAUAUCAACCUAACAUGUACUGCCAUUUCGUGCCCUUCUCCCCCGGACAUAACAAACGCUUUUAAGGUACCUGGUGGAUAUAGUAACGGAAGUUUGACUGUCUACACAUGCGUGUCUGGCUUUGUUGCUAACGGAGAGGAUCCAUAUAUUACGUGCAACGAAACACACUGGACGACAACGUCGUUUGCCUGUUCUGACAGCUUUUGUCACGAACCACCGAGCAUUCAUAAUGCUGAUGUGCUUAUAGAAGGUUUUCAGACCGGGAAUUUGGCGUUAUACUCGUGUGUAGAGGGGCAUGUCGCGACUGGUGGACUGUCAACCAUAACAUGUAACGGAACGCACUGGUCCCAGACUAACUUUUCCUGUCUAGAAGGCAGUCUUCAACCCUCUCUUUGUGGACCUCCGCUAGCUUUAUCUAAUGCUUACUAUGAAAUCACAAACAACACUGCUACCUAUCAUUGUCAUAGAGGAUACACGGCCAAUCAGACGGACAACGUUAUCAGCUGUGUACAGGGACAGUGGGAGGAGCCUAAGUUAUCUUGCCUGGAUAUAUCUUGCCCAACACCUCCGGAUAUCGCCAACGCGCUGAAGAUUUCUGACGGAUUACACAACGGGAGCAUUACCAUGUAUGCGUGUUUGCCAGAUUACGUAGCUAGCAAUGCAGCCAAUACCAUUGUGUGCAACGAAACAAGUUGGACGCUAACGAAUUUGUCCUGUUCCCUAGUAUCAGCGCCGGCGGGGUGUGAACUGCCUCCUUCUAUCCCGAAUGGUUACUAUAAGGUCCAGGGCGACACCGCUUCUUACCACUGCCUGGGUGGAUACACGGCCACCACCAUCACUAACACCAUACAGUGUGUGGGGGCGGCGUGGGAGCAACUCUCACUACAGUGUAUAGCUGUGGGAAACUUUACGAGCACAGCGGUGGUAGACGGAAAGUUCGCGAAGCUAAGAAUUCCCAAAAAUAACACGAAUGCUUACGAGCGGAGCCUGACCUGUGCGGACGAUUCUCGUCCCAGCGCCAGAGCUAUUGGCGGAGUGGGGACCGCCAUCUUGUGUCUGGUAGCGGGGCUGAUCUUUCUUUCAGAUUGUGUAUCAUAUUUUGAGAAAACUAGCAUCAAAUCUUCUCAAAAAGCGGCAUCGUGUACUUUGGAUUCAUCGUGUACUUUGGAUUCAUCGUGUACUUUGGAUUCAUCGGAAACGAGUGCAGUGCAUGUGUAUGUAGAAAAAACAGAUUCCGAAACGUAAAUAAUUCAAUGGUAAAAUGGGACAUGCAAAUCAGCAAAAUAACUAUCAUAUUAAUGAUAAUAAUAUGUGUGUGCGUUGACAACUCUUAUAUGUAUUUACAUGUAUGUAUUGUUUCAAAAACAUUCCGUAUAUGUCAUUAUAUGUAGACUAUUUAGCAAAAAAAAAUGAGGGUAUAUAUUUGAAAUCUUUUUUCUUUUUCAAGACUACAGUAAAAAUAUCCCUAAAUAUUAAUAUGAGAUAUAUCAUUUCUAUGUAAGAAUGGUAAGAAUCACAGAGUAAUAUGCUGAUCUGGCUGGCCACGCAUAGUACCACUGGUACCACUAAACAGAGAACUCUAGAGAACUUUGGAGAACUCUAGCAAUUUUUGAAUAUUUAAAGUAUUUAGGACGUAUUUUUGCAUUAAAUAUGAAGAAAAAAGUUGUAUUUUAGUCAAAAUGUAUAUUCAAAAUAUUUGGUUUUAAGUACAUAUUACACGCAGAAAAAUAAAUCUUGACCAAAAUCGUAACCAUGCUCCUUAAGGGUCAAUCCAAUGUUUUUUUUUACCUAUCUGAUGAAAACGUGGGUGUAUGGGUGUUUUUCUUUUUAUAUUAAUACAUUGAAAAUAACUUCUAAACAUGAAUUUAAGAAAACUUAUUUUAAUUAUUAACACAGUUAAAAUUUGUCUUCUGACAAGCAAAUGGAAAAAAAAAAUUAAAAAAAUUCAAAGACUGGAAUUGUUUGAACACUUUCAAAUACAUGUGUAUCAUGAACAUCUGAUCCAUUACUGAAAUUGACAAAUUGAUCACUAAAUGCAUCGUUUUAAUAACUUAGAACUUAAUGUUUGAGCAUUGUCAAUCUGACAAAAAAUAAUCACUCUCUUAAAGUUUAUGAUAAACAUUUAAUGUACAAAAAAAUAUCAGAAGUGUCAUUUUUCUUUGAUAUAAACAUUAAAAUGGAAUGUUAUUAUUCAUAAAACAUAUCAAUGGUAACAAAACAAAAACAAAAAAUAACUGAACAAAUAAGAUUGUUCAUAACUUAUUAAACAACAUUUACAUGUAAACUAUAACAAAAUAAAGAUCUGAAAUGGAAAACCAAAUGACAUUAAACAAAUCUUCAAAGCCAUAAAACAGUCAUAAAACAGUCAUGAAAGUUUCAUCUGUCACCGUAACUACAUCUCAUACUGUACAAGCCAGAACAUCUAUGAUAUCAAGUUACUGUACAGUUCUGUUUUUCUCGAUGUUUUUAAAAUAUAAAGUUAACUUGUAUUCAUCCUCAGCAUAUUUUGUGGUCUCUUGCAAACUAUCACAAUAAAUACAUUUAUUUGGAUCAAAGGAACAUUAUUUCUACAUGUACAUGUAAGACAUGUACCAUACUUCAUCACGAAAAAAUCCCAGUCAUGUAGAUCUAGUAUCAUGAAAUGAUAUUAAUUGAACAAGAAUUGGAUUCAACAACUUAUGAAGUAAAUAAAGCAAGCCAAUCAUAUUGGAAUGCAAGAUCUAUGAUAAUUGAGAUAAUUUGGAAACAAAAGAAAAAAGAAAAACACUGCAAUAUACUCCAACAAGCAUUUAGACAUUUACCUAAAAUAAUUUCUUGCUUGAAGUUCAAUGUGUUUUAUAAAAGAUUGACUUACGUUUACUCAAAAUAAAAUUACAAUUCAAAAAAAUAUUUGUAAUGUAUUUCUAUUUUAAAUACACAGUCAAUCAUCUUUAUGAAAUUCUAAAUAAAAAUUUUGUUAACAUGUUGACACCUGUUAUUUUUACUUAACAAUUCGGACAAUUAAAGCAGUGAAUGGUUAUUUUGAUUGUUAAAUUGAGACAGACACAAAGACAGACAGGCAGUGAAUGGACGGACAUAUAAACACAGUCAGCAAAAGUUCUGUACAUCAAAUGGAAAACUAUUCAGAUUAUAAUGACAGUGGAACAAUAAAACAUCAGCAACCUUUUCAUUCACAAACAUACUUUCCACA